AAUUGGGUUCGUAGGGAAAGGGGAGGGUUUACGGUUGACCUAAUUUGGCCUAGUCGAUUGACUUCUUCGCAUGGUUUUUGGGGGGUUGGACUCUGAAUCGCUCUGUUUCGUUUACAGCUUUACAUGGAGAUUUAUCGCAGCGCGUCGAGUUGAAUCUUUUUAUCUGUUUGUCUGAUAGAAAGAUCCGAGCUCAAGGAGAGCCGUCGACCUAAUUGACUCUCCAAUCCACUCUCCGAUCGGUAUUCUUUGUCCCUGUUUGUUUCUCUUGUGUGUUCGGUGGUCAAAGUUGGGAGCUUUUUUUCUUCCGUCGAUUAAAAUCGCCCUCCGACGCGGUUUGAGCAGUUUCUUGUUGCAUUGGCUGUGGUCGGCGUCGGAUCGGAUUUUUUUUGGGGGGGCAUCAUCGUGCGAUGUCCCGACCAAGAUCUCUGUUUUGUUAUUCAAGUUUUUCUGUAUGAGAAGAAGGGGAGGAGCUGAUUGGCGAAGAAAGGAGUAGUGCCAUGGGCAUCUUUUGCUCCAAGACGGCGGCGGUUGAUAGAUCGCCUAGUGAAAUCACUCUCCAGAAUGGCUUUGGAGGCCACUAUCCAAUUCUUUCUGAGCCUGAUGCGAACGGGAAAGACAUAUACAAGAGUACCGUGCCUGACGAGAUACCUAAAAAGUCGUUUGUUGAAGAUCCCUACGUGUUUCCGGGAAUGAGUGGCUAUGGAAUAAUUGAAUCUGCUGCUGCAGAGAAGUUGGGGAGGGCUUAUUCACAGAAAUUUAAACCCGCCAUGGAAAAGCCAACCACGUCCGGCAAGUCAGGGAGCACUAAGGUCACUGAAAUGAGUUCUUUUUUUGGAAAGGCUGGUACUGUUGGAUUAGGGAAGGCAGUGAAUGUGUUGGACAUUGUUGGUAGUAGCAUGACUAGUUUUAACUCUGGCAGUGGAUUUGGUUCAGGAGUGGCUACAAAAGGCAAUAAGAUAUCUAUUUUGGCAUUUGAGGUUGCCAACACGAUAGUGAAAGGUUCAAAUCUCAUGAAAUCACUUUUGAAAAAAAACAUAAACUAUUUGAUAGAAAUUGUGCUGACUUCAGAGGGAGUUCAACAUUUAGUUUCUGAAAGCGUGGAUGAAUUACUGAGAUUAGCUGCAGCCGACAAAAGGAAAGAGUUGAUGGUAUUCUCUGGAGAAAUUGUCCGAUUUGGAAAUCAUUGCAAAGAUCCUCAAUGGCACAACUUAGAACGCCAUUUUUCCAAAUUGGAGUCUGAUUUUACACCGCAGCAGCAGCUAAGAGAAAUGGCUUUAGAGGAAAUGGAAUGUUUAAUGAUGUUGGUUCACCAUACAGCUGAACUCUAUCAUGAGUUGCAAGCAUUGGAUAAAUAUGAACAAGAUUACAAGCGAAAAUUGCAGGAGGACAAGAACUUGGUUCCUACCGAAAGAGGAAACAAUCUUCAAAUACUAAAACAAGAGCUAAAGAAUCAACAAAAACACGUCAAAAGCUUAAAAAAGAAAUCACUUUGGUCAAGGAAUUUGGAAGAGGUUGUUGUGAAGCUUGUGGACAUUUUCCAUUUCCUGCAUCUGGAAAUUCAUGAUGCCUUUGGGACUGCUGAUGGAGAUAAAGAGGUGGUAGGAUCCUUGAGCAGCCAUGAAAGACUAGGGUCAGCUGGGCUUGCAUUGCAUUAUGCUAAUGUCAUUACUCAGAUUGACACUCUUGUUUCACGACCUAGUUCGGUGCCACCGAGCACCAGGGAUGCAUUGUAUCAAGGACUCCCGCCCAGUCUUAAGUCUGCAUUGCGUUCCAAAUUACAAUCUUUCGAGUUUAAGGAAGAGUUAACUGUUCAAAAGAUCAAAGUUGAAAUGGAGAAAACUCUACGGUGGCUUUUCCCAAUGGCGAACAAUACAACUCGAGCACACCACGGAUUUGGUUGGGUUGGUGAGUGGGCGAACGCAGGAAUGGAAAUUAAUCAGAAGCUCUCUGGUGUUGUUGAAUUAACCAAGAUUGAGACACUCUAUCAUGCAGACAAGAGGAAAACAGAAGCACACAUUCUCGAUUUGAUCGUGUGGCUUCACCACCUGAUCACCCACAGUCGAGCUGGUAAUGCAGGCAUUCGGUCUCCGAGUAAAUCUCCAAUUCGUUCUCCAAGAAAGAAGAGAUCACCUGUCUCCUCGUCAGUGAACAAGACCAACUCUCCAUCUUCCAAACUCACCCUCGGAGAGCAAGAAAUGCUGCAACGUGCCACAUCAAAGAGGCGAAAUUGGGGAAGAAGCAAAAGCCAGGAGUUUGAAACUGGUAUGGCCAGAUUAAAGAAGGAUGACAGGUUGAGCAAAAGCAGCAGCAAAUGUCUUGGAAGGGAAGCAAUGACCGACUCUUCUUUUUUCAGGCGGUUCGAUUUUGACAUUGAUAGGAUCAAAGUUUUGGAUGUAAUUGACAGAGUGGAUAACCUUACCAACCUGUAAAAACUGUAAUGCAUGGCAAUGGCUAUUGCUAUUGCUAUUGCUAUUGUUUCCCUCAGCUCACCAUGUAUGUUUGUGCUUGAGAGUUAGCAGCCAUUUGGUUGGGAAUUGCUACUCUGAUAUUGCUGUGAGUAAUAAUGGAGGUAUUGCUCGUCCUUUAUUUGUAAAGAUAAAGAAGCACUCAACGUUUCAUGUACAGAAACAGAUAUUAUACUACUCUUUAUAUUAGUACAUUCAAGCCGAUAUGCAUCAAUCA